ACCUACUGUGUGCAGAGUCCUGUGUAUGCAUUGUCUGUGCUCCUCAUGACAUUCUGAGGUAGGUAUUAUCAUUCCCUCAUUUUUUGGAUGAGGAAACUGAGGGCCCCAAGAAGGAACAAGAUUUGCUGGAGUCACAGAGCCCAGACAGACAGAACUCAGGCCUUGGGAAGGAGCUGAGUGGGCUGGCCCCCCUCACUCUGUCCUGUCCCCCAGGGUGACCCUGUAUGCAGCAGGCAUGUCAGAAGAUGAGGCAGCUCAGGCCCGCAGACCCAGCUUGUGGGAGCAGGACCAGCAGAACGUGGUACACCGAGUUGUGGCCCUGCCCCUGGUCAGGGCCACGUGCACUGCUGUCUCUGAUGCUUACAGCGCAGCCAAGGAUAAGCACCCACUACUGGGCUCUGCCUGCCGCCUGGCUGAGCACUGCGUGUGCAGCCUCACCACCAGCGCCCUGGACCACGCCCAGCCACUGCUCAGUCACCUGCAGCCUCAGCUGGCUACAGUGAACGAUCUUGCCUGCAAAGGCCUGGACAAGCUGGAGGAGAAGCUACCCUUUCUCCAGCAACCUUCGGAGAUGGUGGUGACCUCAGCCAAGGGUGCAGUGGCCAGCAGCAUGACAGGCGUGGUGGGCCUGGCGCGGCAGAGCCGGCGCUGGAGCGUGGAGCUAAAGCGUUCCAUGAGCCACGCUGUGGACGUGGUACUGGGCAAGUCGGAGGAGCUGGUGGACCACUUCCUGCCCAUGACGGAGGAGGAACUCGCGGCCCUGGCAGCUGAGGCUGAGGGCCCUGAAGUGGGCUCAGUGGAAGAGCAGAGGAGACAUCAGGGCUACUUUGUGCGCCUGGGCUCCCUGUCAGCACGGCUCCGCCACCUAGCAUAUGAACACUCUCUGGGGAAACUGAGGCAGAAGAAACAUCAUGCUCAGGACACACUGGCCCAGCUGCAGGAGACACUGGAGCUGAUUGACCUCGUGCAGUGUGGGGUGACCCCCAUCGCCCCAGCCCGCCCUGGGAAGGUGCAUGAGCUGUGGGGGGACUGCAGUCUGAGCACCCUGGAGAACGGCCGCCGCCGUAGUCAGGCAGAGCUGGAAACGCUGGUACUGUCCCGAAGUCUGAUGCGGGAGCUACAGGGCUCAGUGGACGCGCUGGAGACCAGCGUGCGGGGCCUGCCCCCGGGUGCCCAGGAGAAGGUGGCCGAGGUCCGGCGCAGCGUGGACGCCCUGCAGGCCGCCUUCGCCGACGCGCGCUGCUUCCAGGACGUGUCGGCGUCGGCGCUGGCCGAGGGCCGGGGCAGAGUGGCUCGGGCCCACGCCUGUGUGGACGAGCUGCUGGAGCUGGUGGUGCAGGCCAUGCCGCUGCCCUGGCUCGUGGGGCCCUUCUCGCCCAUCCUCAUAGAGCGGUCACAGUCCCUGCCCGACCUGGAGAACCUGGUGGACGAGGUUGUGGGGGGCCCUGACCCGCGCUGGGCGCAUCUGGACUGGCCGGCCCAGCAGAGAGCCUGGCAGGCCCAGCACCGGAACGGGACAGGUCUCCCAGAGGACAUUCCAGAGGAGCCUGAGCCCCCCAGCCGCCCCAAGCACACCUUGAUGCCAGAGCUGGACUUCUGACCAGAUGGGGCCUCGGCCUCACAGUGGCGGCAAGAGGCUGCCCUACACUUCCAUACCCUGCUGCCCCCUAGUGGCCAUGCAGGAGCACUAACAGCCAAUGCCUCGACCCUGGCCCAGGCCCAGAGUAAGGGGUUCCGGUGGAAUUCUGAAUCUAGACCAGCUUCACUGAUAUCAGACCUUCCCCAGUCUUUUCCUUGGACAUAUGGGGACAUGAACCUAACUCAGGUCCGACUAGUCACCAGCUGGAUUUAUCUGUCUGCGGUCACCUGUUCCUUCACCCCAAGAAGCUGAUCAAAACUCCUGAGAAACACACAUUUUGCCCGAUGGUUUCUAUUUGGGGCUUUGAAAAGCGAGCAUUGCCUUGCUUCCCCAGCUUGUACAUCCUGGAUUGAGGGGUCCCCAAAGAUGCUGGGUUGCACCAGCUGGGCCUGCCAGACCCACUUGCUUUGCUGUUUGGGGUAUGCUCUCCAGAAUAAAGGUGCUUUGUGUUGUCCACAGCCUUAUGGCCUCUGUUCUGGCUGGGGUGAGUCUCAGUUGCACGGUGCCUCGGGCCUCAGAGGUGUGUGACUGCAUGGCACAAGCUAGGGUUUGAGAAUUGAAAGGAGUAAUGCCCCCCUCCCACCAGCUUGCCUUUCUGUCUGUACUUCCACCUUUAGUGCCCAGCCCACCUGGAUUAAGCAUUGCCCCUUCAGAUGCAGCUUCCUGAAGUGAAAGUUCACACUUUAGUAUAAAUGAACGUCUUGGAAACUACAGGGAGCAGAAUCUUGAAGAAAAAGAAGUUAGAGGGGUCAGUCCCUUCUAUGCCCACCUCCCUGGACCCAGUUGCUGGUCUUGCUGUGGUUUCUCCACUGGUCAGGAUUGGGGAGACAAAGGCAGGGCAAGGGCCAUGGGCCAGUCUCAUGGGAGCCCUCCCAUCCUCUGACCACAUUCUUGGCUGCCCCUCAGAUUCCCCAGUGACCAGGCAGGGUGUU